CACCUGUCGCUCGAACUCGUCGCAUUCAUUGAAAACCCGCCCGGAGUGUUUUAUUAACGCAGGCGCAUUGAGGCCCAACAAAGGGCCGAAAUAAAAACGGUUUGGAAGUGAAACUGAUGUAUUUAUGUCUUAAAAAUGGUGAAAUCUGUGAAGUGGCGAGUAGAAAUUAGGAUAUUCGACGUGUCGAAUCAUGACCGAGGCAUCUGAAAAUGGCUACCUGGUACGUGUUCGUGCUCAAGUGAUGUGUAGGGAUGAGGGCACGGGCGGGUGGAUGGCGCUGGGCGGGGGUGGACUCGCCGACGUCAUGGUGUGUCGCCGUGGACCCGGUGGUCCGGAUAGUGGCGACACGGCGUUGUCGGCGGCCAGCGUACUGCAGACAGAGUAUUAUAUACACGGGCGAAGGAUAAACGAUAACACGUUGGUAUUGGACUGCACCGUGAAAGACGAUUUCCAUUACCACAAGGUGAUGCCGACCUUCCACCACUGGGUGUCCGAUGAGAAGCGUUACGGCCUCACCUUCCAAACGGCCGCAGACGCCAGACACUUCGACAAGGGAGUCAGGAUAGCCGUCAAUCAUUUGUACCGAAAACGGAAUCUUCUCAAGCCGAAAGAAGACGACGAAGAGAAUAAUAUAUUUGAAUGCCUGAACCUGCCCUCGGAGUCUCGUUCCAGCUCUGAGACGUCGACAGCAUCGAGGAGAAGAGAUGAACUGUCCCAGACACCGAUACUGUCGGCGAUCACGCUGCCGCAGCAUCCGCUCACAGAUUCCCUGAACAUUCAGUACGAUGACAAGCUGGAUGACUCUGAUAAUGAUCGCUGUCCGUACGUUCAUCUGUCUGCAGUUCACGACUACACAUACCCUCAAGUAUGUCCCGGUGUCAUCAGUUCGGAGAAGUCAUCACCGAAUACUAAACCACCGCUGCUUAAAAGGGACUCUGGUUCAAUUAAAAAGACCUACACAAGUCCACCUCUGCCUGAUAAGAAGUUACCUCCGGAGGUGUUUCAAACCAGGCUCAAGUGUCGUUACUGUCACGAGUGGUACUUGGAGAGCGCGAAUCGCGCCGGUUCCUGCGAGUUCGCACCAGAUUUGUGCCGCUCCUGUGUCGACGGGGUCACGUGUCUGAAAUGCGCUCAGUGCCUGGUGUAUCACUGCGCGUCCGACGGCGAGGGUGACUUCAACCCUCAACCGUGCGCGUGCGGCCCGACGGGAGACGCGUGUCUGCGCCGCUGGCUGGGCAUAUCACUCCUCAGCCUGCUCGUGCCGUGUCUGUGCUGCUACCCGCCGCUCGCGUGUCUGCACGGGGCCGCGCGCCGCGCCGGACUGACCGGCGGUGCCCACCGCCCCGCCCGCCACUGAUUCAUUCAGCCGUUCGUUCUUUCGUUCGUUCGUUCGAUGACGCUCCCGUAGCGCGAGACAGGGCUCACUCGCGUCAUGUCGACCGUCAAGUGAACGAAUGAAUAUACAAAUCGUUCAAUUGGAGAUUUUGAGACGGGACUCGUUUAAGUGUUUGUGUUUUAUUCGUUCUAUGUGUAUCGUUUGAAUCGAAACCAAAGUUAAUGUAUGAAGGGUUGCAACGCGACUCCGAUGGUUGUUUAAAUAUGUAUCGAUAUAUAAAUAAAUAAUCGUAUGCAGAUAAA